CACGAACAUGCAUCCAUCUCAAAACUUCGCUCCGUGCUGCAGAGCUUUAAGCUGCUAACUCUGGUCUUCCCAGUAAUCUUCCGGAAGCUGGGGAAGGAUUCACGAUUUUAGUGUCAGCAGUAAGAACUGCGACGACAUCGACUAACGUAGACGAUGGCAUAGUCAGGAUUAGUGGUACAGUUCAGGACAGCGGUAUGCAAGAAGAGUGCUCUUAAUGAAUAGGAACUCUUUGCCAGAACUGUAGUCAUCACAGCUGCUUGCUGUCACCUUUAUUGGCCAGUACGACGAGCACAAAACCAGAGCUUUAAGUUUCGCCAUAUUAUUCAAAUCAUAUUACGACAGGUGAACCUUUCAUGAACAACCAAAACCUCAAGCUUGUUACCGAGUUGUAAUGUCAACCAAAUUUGUAUAUUUUAUUUAUGAACUUAAUUAACACAGUGUCUGGUCAGUGCUGUUGAUUAUAUAUCUUGACUGUUUUUCAGUACUGCAGAUCUGUGCCAAAUUUAUUAACAUACACAACAGAUACCUCCCCAUCAACCCCCCUUUCAGGAUUGCAAACCUGCACAAUUAAUGAUAAAUUUACAGAAUAUAUAUUGACGUUUUCUCUCAAAAUUGCCAACUUGUGCACAGUUUGUAGUUAACUUAAUGGUCAAAAUCUGAUAUUGACGAUUUUCGCAACAUUAGCAAAAUCGAAGUGUACAUACACUGAAGAACGAACUUCGACUGUUUUCAGUCUGUAAAUUUAGUGUGAACAUCUAUAUCAGCUUUUCUCAAACAUAUUUAUGUAUUUUAAAGUAUGUCUGUGAAAACAAUAUUUUCCUCUGAUUCCCAUGUUCAAGGACAUGUCACAAACCAAGACGUCACCGAACAUGAUGUCACAGCACAUGACGUCGCAAAACAUGACGUCACAGAACAUGAUGUCACAGAACAUGACGUCACAGAACAUGCCGCAAAACAUGACGUCGCAGAACAUGACGUCAUCAAACCACAGUCUCUCCCAGCAUCACCAAGUCAUAACGGAAAUGCAGCCGGCGAACCGAAUACACGCCUCCUAUCAGAGAUGUCUCCAAAUGCCGGAAGCGGAUUAAGCAAGUCUCUGGGUCACGUGGCAGGCGACGUCAGCCAAUCGUCUUCUACCUCGGACGAGCAACCACAGACUGAUUCCGAGGAUGACGUCCUCGACGCUCUAUGGCUACGGAAUAAGAUUGCCGCGGAAACCAGUCGCGCGAGGAUAGUACCGAUGCGGCGGAAGGCGUUCAGCGAGUCGGAGGCAACCAGCCGCUCGGAGCGCUGCGACCUCUGUGGAGAGAGUUUCGCCACCGCGCUCCAACUACGACGUCACGUGAUGGUGCACACCCGCCAGAGGUCGCUCGACCUGCCUUCGAAGAAGGUCACGGAACCGCCACAGCAGUGCACCAAGUGCAAGAAGGUUUUCGAGAACGUAACGUAUUUGGAGAAGCACAAGCUGCGACGUCACUCGUCGGAGAAAUACACGUGUGACGUGUGUCUGUUGACCUUUGACACGAAGAAGGAGAGAGACGCCCACAGGAGAAGUCAUUUCGGAGAAAACCCGUUUUCAUGCAGGAUCACGUGACGUAGAUAAAUACGCUUUUAACGUAGCGCUGAUAGCGCUGGCUGUAGUUUCAAUCUAAUUAAAAUUAUCUCCACUAUUACGUGUGGAUCUAACAGCAGCCCGUUGGAGCUUAUGUCCAGUUGACCUUUCAUUCGACCAAUCAAAACCUUACUUGCAAAAUCAUGCCAGUGAUUUGAACAAAAUUUGAAAACACUCGGGGAUUAUGCCGACGGUAUACGAAAUGAUUCAGGUGAAUUACGAAGUAUGCCGGAAACUAAUUGCAAUAUAAAAUUUUAUAUACAAUUCGUUUUAAGAUGAAAAAAAACCGUGAUGGUAUAGC